AUGGCCGACAAACUCAAGGAUGAGAACGCGACCCCAAAGGCUGGCACCGCCGCGGCUCGGCGGCCGUUGAGCGCACCCAAGUCGACUACCACCACAUCGCGGACCACUCCGUCCACUACCUCUUCUCGGCCCGCGCCACCUCCUACAUCCAGGUCAACGACUACCUCGUCGUCCCUCAGUAAACCGCCGGUCCGUUCCACCGUAACGAGCACUGCCCGCAGGCCGCCCACCACCACCACUACCACCCCAUCUGCCGCAACUGCCCACAAGUCCCGCACUUCCCUUAGUUCGGUGGCCGAGGACAAGGCGGAUGACAAGAAAGAUGGAAUCUCCGCGAGGCCCAAGCGUAUGUCAAUCGCCCCGAGCACCGGCAGCGAUCGCCCCACUACAUCGACCACGAGAAGCGCGGUUAGCACUCCUGCAAGCAAAACCGCCGCCCGACCUACCACAACCACUCGUCCAUCCGUCACGAGCCCUUCCAGCAUAAGAAAGACCCCAGCAACUCCUGCGAGCCGUACAGGCCGCCCUGGUACGGCUGGCAGUGCCACGUCCGCCAGCCGUACCGUCCCAGGCACCGGGGCUAAACGUCUGAGCACCAUUCCCGCCUCGCCCGCGGUCAAGGAUAGCGCGGAUGAGAACAAAGAAAAUGUCGAUUCUGGAGCCUCCAAAGCACCUGUUCGUCCUUCACUUGGCCAUAGGAAAUCGACCAGGUCCGUCAUGAUGGAGCAGCGCAUCCGCGAGUAUGAACUAGUCACGAGUAUGCUGCAGGCAGCUAUGGUGGACGAUGGCAGCACGGAAACAGACCAGGACAUGCUCGAGAAAGAGAUGGAGGCACGCACGUCGAAACUGAGGGCUGACCUGGCCAAAGUCCGGCAAUUCGAGAAGGACCAUGGCCGGGCGCCUACCGAGGACGAACUCGCCGAGGCGGAUUCCAUUGCGGAGGAGGACAAAGAAAUACUCGGCUUGGCUAAGCCUGGUGCGGAAGACAAAUCAGAAGAAUUGCAGAAAGAGCUCGAUGCCGGCAAAGAGCGUGAGGAAUUGCUCAAAACUCAGAUCAGCGAUCUAGAAGCUAAGCUUGAGGCCGCUGUGCUACAGGCUGAGAAAGCUGAUGAGGGUAAAGUUACCGAAGCUGCUGCCACAAACGCAAGCAAGCUCGAAACCGACCUCAGUGAGAGCAAGACCCUUGUUGAAUCGCUGCAAGCUCAAGUCAAUAACCUCACCGUCAAGCUUGACACAGCUACAAGCCAAGCGAGCGGGCAUGAAGAUGAAUUGAGUGAUGCUCGUCUCCGCGUAGACUCUUUACAAGGACAAGUUGAGGAGCUUACGGCUAAACUUGAGGCCACCACUGGAGAUGGUGAAGUGUCGAAGAAAGACCUGGAGGACUCUCGUGUGCAGGUGCUGGAGCUGACCGGCAACGUCGAAAACCUGAAGUCACAGCUCGACACCUUCAAAGGGGCAGCCAGGGGCGACGAAAGUGAUAUUGCAGAAUACAAGCUGCAGAUCGAGUCUCUACAGGGGCAGGUGGAAGACCUGACGUCGAAAAUGGAGGCAAUGACCACCGAGGGAGCUGAUGACAAGAAAGCCCUUGAAGAAAGCAAGUCCAUGACGGAGACUAUAAAUGCAGAGCUUGCGGACCUCAAAUCGAAGUUCCAAGCUGGAUCAGAGGACAAAGACCAGCAGCUUGUCCAGAGCCGCGAAGCCGCAGACUCACUGAACAAGCAGAUUUCCGACCUGAAUGAGAAGCUUGAGGCUGCUGGGAAGGCUCACGAAACGGAACUGGCGAGCAGUCGUGCUGAGGUCCAGGCCCUCAGUGCCCAAAUCGAGGAGCUGAAAGCCCAGUCGGUUGAUGCCAGCAAAGCACGAGAAGAGCUCGCUGUCUCACAGCAAGCGCUGGAGUCUGCCCGUAUGGAUCACCAUGCUGCGCGGGCGAAAAGCUUGUCUGAGUCUGCGACCCUCACCGCGCAGAUCGAGGAGCUCAAGGCUGAGCUUGCUAGCUCCAGCAAAGUAGAGGAGGAGACUACUAGUGCGCGGCGGGCAUUGGACGAUGCUCGUGCGAAUCACGAAAUCGCACUAUCGAAAAGCGCUGCCGAGGUCGCCGACCUCAAAGCUCAGCUCGAAGUGCUGCAGGCUCAGUCAGCCGAAUCCGAUAAGGCAAGUGAGUUGGCUGCCAGCGCUCAGCAAGCACUUGAAGAAGCCCGCAGCAAUCACGAGAUGGCGCUUUCAAAGAGCCUGUCUGAGAUUGAGACGCUCCGGGCAGAGCUCGAUGAGUGGAAGUCAAGAGCCGAGACAUCAAGCAAGGUCGGCCAGGAGGAUGCAAGGAAGGCGGAAAAGGCUUUGGAAGACAUUCGCCAACAGUCGGAAAUGGAGCUGGCUCAACUUCAGGCUCAGAUUGAGACCCUCACGAAGCAACUCGAUGAUAUGAGCACGAAGCUGGGUGACGCUAAUGUUGCGUCGCAAGAACAAAAGGCAGAGGCCUUACGGGCCCUAGAGGCGGCCCAGGGAGAGCAAGAAAAUGCGCUUGCGGCAAGCCGCGGAGAGGUCGAAGCUCUGCAGACGGAGUUGCAGGAGCUGCGCUCAAAGACAAGCGAUCUCUCAAAGGGCCACGAAGACGCUGAGAAGAAAGCUCAAGAGGCACGAGAGGCUGCUGUCUCGGGGUAUGAAAGCAAAAUCGAAGCUCUGUCGAUCGAUCAUAAGCAGGCAAUGGAGAAGGCUGCUGCUGAACACGCACAGAAACUCGAAGAGACGGUUGCCUCCCAUCAGCAGGAGCUGAAGGCCGCACAUGCAGAUCUUACCAAGCACGAGGAGCUUAACGCGGCACACGAAAACGAGCUCAACUCUCUUCGCGCAGAACAUUCCAACAGGCUUCAGGAACUGAGCGCCGACCAUGAAAAGGCGAUCGGGUCGGCUCAACUCAAUGAGGCAACAUUGAAAGAGCAACUCCUAGGUCACGAGUCCAAGCUGACGGAGCUAGCAUCCAUGCACGCAAAGGAGAUCGAGGACCUAGCCGAGAAGCACAACAGUGAAUUGGACAGCAUUCGAGGCAGCUCUGCAACAUCAUUGGCGGAGCUCGAAAAGAUCAAAGCAGAGCUUGCUGAAGCACAGAGCUCGCAUGCGUCCGAGCUGGACAGCAUUUCCAAGACGCAUGAGUCGAAGGUUGCGGAUCUUGCGACGGAACAUCAAACGACGGUUGAGGCCCUGCAGCAAGCUCAUUCCACAGAGGUCGAAGCCAUUCGAAAUGCUGGAAAGGAUUCUGAGGUUGAGAUUGAGAAGCUCAAAGCGGAGCUUGCUGAUGCACAGACUGCUCAUGCUACCAAGCUGGCUGAUGCCAUGAAGGCACAUGAGUCAAAGCUUGCAGAUCUUUCGACUGAAAAUGAGGCAGCCAUUGAUGCGCUCAAGCAGGCUCAUGCCACAGAGCUGGAGGGCAUCCGCAACGCCGGGUCGGAUUCCACGGCUGAGAUCGAGGAACUCAAGGCCAGGCUACUAGCCUCAGAGAAAGACCACUCAAGUCUACUAGACGAGAUCACUAAAAAGCACACUCAAGAUAUCGAAAAGCUGCAAGCCGAUCUAGCCGCGGCACAGGGCGACCACUCGGCCUUGCUUGAAGAAGUAGCCAAGACUCACGAGAAGAAGCUGACUGACCUUGUGUCUGAGCAUGAAGCUGCCGUUUCCACGCUCAAGCAGUCACAUGCCUCUGAAGUCGAGACAGCCCGAGAAGAGGGCGCGUCAAUGGCGGCCGCCUCGGCUACUGAGCUCGCAGCCCUCAAGAGCGAAAUCGAGGCCAAAGCUGCCGAAAUCACCGCUCUGACUACUCAGCGUGAAGAGUUGCAGAAGUCUAACAUGGCUGAAUUGACUAAUAUCCAGAACAAGCUUUCCGCCCUUGAGGAGGAGCAUAAUAGAGCUCUUACGGGCACCCAAGACAGUCACCAGACUGCCCUGGCCGAACUCGAGUCCCGUCUCACCAGCUCGCAUACCUCUGCUCUGUCCGAACUAGAGCAAGCACACGCCGCUCGUGUGGCCAAGCUUGAAGCCGAUGCCAACAGUGCCAUGAAGACCCUCGACGAAGUCGAAGCCCGACAUGCUGCAGCUCUCGAGGCAGCUCGGACCGAAGCCUCUCCAGAAUCCACCGAACAGAUUCGCGCGCUCGAGCAGCAGACAAAGUCAGCCGCCGCGGAUAUCGAAGUAGCCCAGUUCCAAGUGCAAAGCCUCAAAGGAAUCUUGCAGUCAGUGGAGGGCGAAGCCAAGGAAGCCGAAGCGGAACACGAAAAGGAGGUGCAGGGUCUUGAGGAGGAGCGCGACCGCGCGAUCCUAAAGAUCAGCGAGAUGAGUGCCCGCAUGGCGGAUAUGGAGCGCGGUUAUGCCGACCGGCUGAGUGAAGUGCGUGUCAAGGAGACACAGGAGUGGGAGGGAAGGCUGAAGGACGCCGAGGGCCGGCUGCACGCAAUGGAGGGUGAGAAGAUCACGCUCGUGGCGGAGCUCGAGGAGAAGGUGCGUGUCCUAGAGCGCGAGCUAGAGGCCGCCAGAGAGGCGGCGAGGGCGGUGGAGCCCGACACCCCGACUGCAGUACAGUCCGGGGACAAGGACAAGGACAAGCCGAGAAAGAGUGGUGGCCUGUCAGCCAGUCGCUGGGCGAGUGCGGAGCCGGAAACGCCCACGAGUGAUACCGCUUCCGGGCAUGGAGAGGAUGCCGCGAGCCCGAUGUCGUUGGCUGCUGAGGCGGCGAAGAAAAAGAGUCGUGGUGCGGACGACGAGCAGCAAAGUCAGAAGGAAGGGGGUGGUGGUGGUGUCGGCCCCAACGGCAAGAAAAGUAAUGUGAGUGGGCAGCUUAAGGGCAUCGAAGAGCAGAUCAAGCAGCUCAACGAGAUCAGCGCCGAGGACCUGGCGGACCAUGAGCGCAUGGCCGGCAUGUUGAGUAAGGUGGCUGGUGGCGCCGAGAGGGGAUAUGAAGGGGAUGCGGAUCGUGUGGGUGAGGUGGGUGGUGGUGGUGAGGCUUGA